CGUGUCCGUAGGCGGAGCUGGCCAGUGGCUGAUCAGCGCACGCCUCAAUUGGGCUCGCAGUUGCCGCAGGAAAGAGGGUCGGGGAAGGUGCUGUGUCGGGACGCGGGAACCGGAGUGGUGGCCAGAUUCUGGAUGCCAAGGAAAGGCCUGGGGUGCCUUCUGGUUUCUUUCUCUGGGAGAUGUAGACUUUUGCAGACCUGUAAGAUUCUCUGCUGUGCUCUGUCUCUGUGAAUAUCAAAGGCCUAGACUUGCCAGGGAUCCAUCAUCUGAUAGAUACAGUCUACUCCUCCGGAAUACGUGUGCUUUGGCAGUCCUUCUGCAUUGCAGACAAGGGACUCAAGAAAGCUGAUCUUCUAAGGAAACAGGCCCAAUUGACAGAACUAACAGCUCAUGGUGUUGGAUUUUUGUUAUUUAGCCCUUUUUGCAAGGCAGACUUUGGCUCCGCUGUGAUCCCUCUCUUUUGUCUCUCGUGGGCUUAGUAUUUGACGCCCUGAUUAUUCUUGUUUUUCUGAUGGCGAAGGCCACCAUCUAGUAGGGAUCCUUUUAAAAAUUUCUUAGCAGUCGGCAAGAUGUCUACCACCAAAGUGCCAAUCUACCUGAAGAGGGGAAGCCGGAGAGGAAAAAAGGAGAAACUUCGAGAUAUCCUCUCUUCUGACAUGAUCAGCCCACCCCUGGGUGACUUCCGGCACACAAUCCACAUUGGGACUGGUGGGGAGAAUGAUAUGUUUGGUGACAUCUCUUUCCUGCAAGGGAAGUUCCACCUCCUGCCAAGAACAGAGAGCAGUCUGAGUUCAGAUGGGGCUGGCCACUAUGUAGUACCCUUUGAGUUCUCAAGGACUGCUACUGUCUCCGGUUAUGAUCCGCCGUCUCUGGAUAUCCCAUCACCACUCCUAAAGAAUGCAAUCUCUCUGCCCGUCAUUGGUGGCCCGCAGGCAUUAAUGUUGCCUUCUGCCCAAGCCCCGCCCAAACCACCGCGCCUCCACCUUGAUGACAAGGGCCAACCAGCUCUCCCACCCAGGAACCCUGCAGAGAAUCCCACCACCAGCGCACGAACUGCAGAGACCUGCCAUGCUCCCAACGGCAAGUGUGUGGCCACUCUGAAUGGCUUUGUUGAAGAAGAAAAGAAAGGGGAGUCUUUUAUGUCCAGUGCUGGCUCCAUGCUCUCCCUACACGUGGACUUGGGACCAUCCAUUUUGGAUGAUGUUCUCCAAGUGAUGGAAAAGCACCAAACCGGGACUGUGGGCGCUCUGUUGAAAGACACCAACAGGCAGCGAAUCCUGACGUGACAAGGAAGGACAUCCAUAGGAAAGGACUUGUCCUCUCCCCCAAACAGCAUUGUGUAGAGAAGAGUGUGUGUUGCUGUUAACUGGGCCACCUAGACUGGGCGGCUGUUGUGUGAGUGAGAACAUUGGGUGCAACUUCACUAAUAGCAAUCCCCCUGCCUCUCCUCCAGUAUGUUGACAUUAAGAUUUGGGUGAGGGGCCCCCCCAAGCUUACUCCCUCUCUGCAGACCCCCACCUCAUGCUACUGAAACCUGUAUAGGAAAAAAAGCGCAAUAAAUUCAUCAGCAUCUGUUA